GGUUGGGGAGUGAGGAGACAGGGAGGGGGUGGUUCUCGUUCUACAGCGGAGCCGGAUGUUUGCCGAGCUUUGACAGGCGUGGCAAAGGGAGCAUUGCCGGACCAGGGUUUCCCUUCAGGUUCUGUGGGGUGAAGCUGUGGGGCGCAGGCUCGGCCAUGGACCCACUUUCAGACCUGCAGGACGACGUGACCUUGGAUGACACCAGCCAGGCUCUGAACCAGCUGAAGCUGGCAUCCAUCGAUGAGAAGAACUGGCCGUCGGAUGAAAUGCCCGACUUCCCCAAGUCAGAUGACUCUAAAAGCAGCUCCCCAGAACCUGUCACUCACCUGAAGUGGGAUGACCCUUACUACGACAUUGCUCGGCACCAGAUUGUGGAGGUGGCAGGAGAUGACAAGUAUGGCCGGAAGAUCAUUGUGUUCAGUGCCUGCCGAAUGCCCCCGAGCCACCAGCUGGACCACAGCAAGCUCCUGGGGUACCUGAAGCACACGCUGGACCAGUACGUGGAGAGCGACUACACACUGCUCUACCUGCACCACGGCCUGACCAGCGACAACAAGCCCUCGCUCAGUUGGCUCCGAGACGCCUACCGGGAGUUUGACCGCAAGUACAAGAAGAACAUCAAGGCCCUGUACAUCGUGCACCCCACCAUGUUCAUCAAGACGCUGCUCAUCCUCUUUAAGCCCAUCAUCAGCUUCAAGUUUGGGCAGAAGAUCUUCUACGUGAAUUACCUGAGCGAGCUGAGUGAGCACGUGAAGCUGGAGCAGCUGGGGAUCCCUCGCCAAGUGCUCAAGUACGAUGACUUCCUGAAGUCCACACAGAAGAGCCCUGCCACGGCCCCCAAGCCCAUGCCGCCGCGGCCCCCUCUGCCCAACCAGCAGUUUGGGGUCUCACUGCAGCACCUCCAGGAGAAGAACCCAGAGCAGGAGCCCAUUCCGCUAGUGAUCCGGGAGACCAUUGCCCACCUACAGGCCCAUGCUCUCACCACGGAGGGGAUUUUCCGGAGGUCCGCCAACACCCAAGUUGUGCGGGAAGUGCAGCAGAAGUACAACAUGGGGCUGCCUGUGGACUUUGACCAGUACGAUGACCUGCACCUGCCAGCGGUCAUCCUGAAGACCUUCCUUCGGGAGCUUCCUGAGCCCCUGCUCACCUUUGACCUCUACCCCCACGUGGUGGGCUUCCUCAACAUUGACGAGAGCCAGAGAGUGGAGGCGACGCUGCAGGCCCUUCAGACGCUGCCCGAGGAGAACUACCAGGUGCUGCGCUUCCUCACUGCCUUCCUGGUGCAGGUGUCUGCCCUCUGUGACCAGAAUAAGAUGACCAACACUAACCUGGCCGUUGUCUUUGGCCCUAACCUGCUGUGGGCCAAGGAUGCUGCCAUCACUCUCAAGGCCAUUAACCCCAUCAACACCUUUACCAAGUUCCUGCUGGAUCACCAAGGGGAGUUGUUCCCUAGCACUGCCUCCUAGGGGCUCUGAGCCCAGCCCCUGCCCACCAGCCCCCCUCUCUGAUCGCCCCAGUGUGGACCCUUCCUCCUGGCAUUGGGGAGCCCAGGGCUCCUGCCCAGGACGGGGUCUUGAGGCCCCGGGAGAUAGAAGCUGGAGCCAGCCAUCUGAGCCGCUCCUCCCCUCCUUUCCAGCCCACCUCACCGGCCCUGGAGGCCUCCCUGUGACCACGAGACAUUUUUCUUGGCCUUAUACUUUUGCCUUCUUGGAUCCCUGGUUCCUGCGGGGCUGUGCAGAGCUGGCCUUGGCUCUUACAGUGAGAGGACUGGCCCCCGCAGUCCCUUUUCUGCUUUCUCCUGCCUCUUUCCCUGGCAAGUGCAGAUGCCAAAUCACUGCCGGCUGGGAUGUAGCUGGGGCUGGUCUGCCCCUCCUGACUGCUGGGGAGUGAAAGGCCGAGCUGGCUUCACAGCCCUGCUGAGGCCCCUCCCUGUCCAGGGGAAGGCCUGGGCACAGAACCCUGCUUCUAUCCACCCUUCCAGCGGCUCGGCCUUGGCUGUUUCCACAGCUAAGGAAUUACAGGCUAGAGUUGGCUUCUGUUGCUGCCUUCUUUUCCACAGAGCCUGGUCAGCCUUUUCCAAGUGGCACCGCCCCCAGGACAUUCUGACCCCUGCUUCUGCCAGGCUUGGCAGCUUGGGUGACAGGGCUGGGUCUGAGCACCCAUUUGAGAUAGGGGCCACUCCCACCCAAGGGACCCCUAGUGCCUGAUCAGACAGGCAGGCUCAGCCUCCAAGCCUGGUCUCUGGAAGGUUUCUGGGCCUAAGGCUCAUGUGGUCCUGUCUGUUGUGGAGUCACACUGGCCUCUGCUCUGGCUGGAGGUGACCCGGUGCCUCAGGAACUGGGGUGGCUCUUUCCUCCUGCUGGGAACACCUGGAGGGACUGGGUGGAGAUUUUGCUAAAAGUUAGAUUGACCAGGGCCCCGGUGUCUUUCAGAAAACCCGGGCCCCCAUGAUGAUGGCUGCCCCUCACUGCAGUUGUGUCCUUUAGCAUUACACUCCUUGGUGAACUCUGGCAAUCCCCAGCUCCCCCGCCCCUGCAGUCUUGACCUCUGGCAGUAGGGAAACUCCUGCACAGUGGCCCUGUCCCCACAGCCUUGGCCAGAGCCUGUACUGUGUGGGUCCUCACUGACCAGCCCACCUCCAUUUGGGAGCUGGGUGGGACCUGGGCCCAACCUCACUGGGCUCGCUCCCCAGGACCUGGCACGGCUGCUGGUCCUAUCAGUCCCUGCGUCUCUAGCUUGGGUAAAGGCCUCCGCUUUCCGCCCUCCUUUGCGUAACAGAUGUUCACGCAGCCCCGCUGACUGGGGAGCCAGUGGAUCUAUGUGGUCUUUCCCCUGCCCCCUGCCCCCUGGUCUGCACCUGGGAGGUGUGGGGGCCUGUACUGUGAAUCAAGUGUUCACAUUCACACUUAAUGAAUUCCUUGGCACCAAUCAUGUAUUUCACCUUUGCACUUUUUGUAUUUCAAUAAAAAUGGAGAUAGAAACUGCC